AUGGAAAUCCACCUUUUGUACAGAUGCAACAUUGACCAUGCGUACUAUCAACAUAGACUGUGUAAAAAGUCUCAAAAGUUACCAGUGCUGUGUGGACUUGAUUUCUUGGUGCUGACAAGACCUCUUGUGAUCAAAGAAAUGGCUCCAGCUAUUAACCGCAGAAGAAUUGCAGCUGCUCUCCUUUUAUCAAGAAGAAGACAAAGACGAAUAACACGCUCUUGGUGGGUGCAUCCACUGAAUCAGAGAAGAGCAUCACAUGGGGCAUUUUACCACCUUGUGGCAGAGCUGCAACUGUUUCCUGACAGAUACCACUCUUAUUUUCGAAUGUCUGUUGCGAAGAUGGAGGAGCUCCUGUCCAUUGUUAGUUACGUCACUACCUCUAACGACGGGGUCACGCACAGGUCGAAGUGA